CCUAUCGGAUACUGCUAGAGGCUCUGCUGCACUCUUAAGGUGCAGCACCAUUUUCUGUGUUUGUGUCUCCAGAGUGGCCUAGAGGCAAAACAACAGGCUGAAAAUCUGUGUGUGCAUAAAUUUGGUUUUCCCUGUCCCCGUUCAUCGCAGUGGCAAUCGCAGAUAAGCUACUGUUUCCAGCUGGGAGGCCUACUGGACGGGCUGAAUGCGUACGAGUACUUGUACCUGAUUGGUCGGCUGCGAGGCAUCCCUGAGUGCGAGUUGAAGCCCAUGGUGGACAGCAUCAUAUCGGUCGUUGACCUCGACGAGCACGCAUCGAAGGAGUGCGGCGUGUACAGCGGAGGCAACCGCCGAAAGUUGUCCAUCGGUGCCGCUCUGCUGGGCCUGCAGCCGUUCGUGUUUCUGGACGAGCCGUACGCGGGCGUGGACGUCGUGUCACGGAACAAGAUCUUCCGAGCCGUCGCAGAGAUCAAGAAACGCUCGCUGACGACCUUUGUGCUUACGUCACACAACAUGGACGAAUGCGAGUUUUCAUGCGAUCGGCUCACCAUCAUGGCCAACGGCCAAAUGAUGUGUCUGGGCGCGCUGCAGCGACUGCGCGAGAAGUUCGGCCAGGGCUACCGACUCGAGUUCCUGCUCAAGCACACUGCGGAGUCAGACGCGCCCAGGCUCAAGCAAGCUGUCGCAGAACUCUUCCCUAAAACUCUACUCAAGGACGACAACAAGAACCUUCUUGGCUACCACCUGAUGGAGAGAAUUCCUUGGAGCGAGCUGUUCACCAAGGUGGGGCAGCUCCAGGAAAAUUUCCUCCUUGAACACGUUCUGGUCGGGGAGAACACCCUCGAAGACAUCUUCUUGAACUUCGCCCGAGUACAAGGUCGUACCUACCCUCCGGGUGUGUUCAUUUAGGUCAACGUUGGUACGACAGCGCCCGGCAGCGCCAUCUGUUUCAGUAUUUAGACACAACUCCAGCUGCUGCGAAAUGCUUCGGCAUGAAAGCA